GAAGGUUCAUAAUCCAUCUGUGUUUUCAAGAGAGAGGAGAGGGAGGUCGAGCUUCUGUAGUAAGAGAAAGAAUGGUACGAAGAGCAAACGUAGUGUUCGAUGAAAGUCCACCAGAUGAUUUCGAUCCAUCGGAUCCUUACAAGGAUCCAGUUGCUAUGUUAGAGAUGAGAGAACACAUUGUGAGAGAAAAAUGGAUCGAUAUUGAAACUGCAAAGAUAUUGAGAGAGAAGCUGAAAUGGUGUUACCGUGUUGAAGGAAUUAAUCAUCUACAGAAAUGUAAGCAUCUUGUUCAACAGUAUCUUGAAUCUACUAGAGGUAUUGGUUGGGGUAAAGAUGCUCGUCCCCCUUGUUUCCAUGCUCCCAAAGUCCAAUCUUCCGAAUGAUAUGAUUUUCAGGGUAGUCAGAAGAUUGGUAAAGCAUCAAUUCAAGUUAUUGACAAAAAUAGGGAGGAAAAAACUCUAAUAACUGUGGAAUUUCUACGAGGUGCAAAGUGGCAGAAUUUCUUGUGAUUGAUUUUUUGCUUUCUGUACUUGCUCUUCUUUUGUUAUCUUAAUUUUCUUUCAAAACAUGUUGUCUGUUGUUCUAGCCGCGACUGAGAUAUUGCAAUACAGGGUUUCAAAAUGUUGAAAUAAGGAAAAAUUCUGUUCUCCUUGGAAACAAGAUGUUUUUUCAUUUUC